AUGCCUCGUCCACCCUCCGGCGAGGACGCAAUCUCCUCCCAAGAGCAGCCUUCCUUCUGGACCCGCCUCAGCGCCCGUUUUAGCGGCGCCUUCAGCGGCGCAGACCCUCGAGUCUGUGUCGCUUUCUGGCUGUUUGGCCUUAUCAACAAUGUUCUUUACGUGAUCAUCCUCUCCGCAGCCGUAGAUCUAGUCGGUCCAGAUAUACCCAAAGGCGUCGUUCUCCUCGCGGAUGUGAUCCCGUCGUUUGUGACGAAGCUCGUCGCCCCGUACUUCAUCCAUCUGGUUCCCUAUUGGAUGCGCAUCAUCAUCUUCGUCUUCCUCUCGGCUGUCGGCAUGCUGGUGGUGGCGAUGAGCCCGAGCUAUACAGAUGGAGGCACGAUUUCGUCCAAGAUCGCAGGUAUCAUUCUUGCUAGCUUCUCCAGUGGAGGCGGCGAGCUGAGCUUCAUGGGUCUUACACAUUACUACGGUCCGUUCAGUCUGGCCGCAUGGGGCAGUGGCACUGGCGCUGCUGGAUUAGUUGGAGCGGGUGCUUAUGCCCUGGCAACUUCGGCGCUGGGGCUCUCUGUUCACAUCACGUUGUUGGUAUCUGCGUGUCUACCGGCUGUGAUGGUACUGAGUUUCUUCGUUGUGCUACCCAUGACACCUUUGCGAUCUGCUGAAUCCAGCGCUGAUAGGUAUCGUGUGAUCGAAGGCGGAGAGGAAGUGGAGGAAGACGAGAUGGAUAGUGGACGUGGUGAGAAUGAGGGACUUUUGGGAUUGUCGCACGGUGCCACCAAUUAUCAAAAAUCCACGAAUCCCAGCGAAGAUGGUACCUGGAAGGACCAGGCUCUCGUGAAUCUACGUCGCGUCAAGGGGCUUUUUAUCCCAUUUAUGGUCCCUAUGCUACUCGUUUACAUUGCCGAGUAUGUGAUCAAUCAAGGAGUGGCGCCAACCCUCCUCUUCCCUCUCCGCGAGUCGCCCUUUGAACAUUUUCGAUCAUUUUAUCCCACAUACAAUGCGAUAUACCAGAUCGGCGUGUUUAUCUCCCGUUCCUCGACCCCGUUCUACCGCAUCCAUCACCUAUACCUUCCAUCGCUUCUGCAGGUGCUCAACCUGGUGAUUCUGACACUUCACGCUUUGUUCGACUUCAUCCCGAGUGUAUGGAUUGUGUUCAUCAUCAUUUUCUGGGAAGGACUCCUUGGCGGCGUAGUGUACGUCAAUACCUUUGCCGAGAUUACCGAUCGCGUACCGAAAGAAGAUCGUGAAUUCUCACUUGGAGCGACCACUGUCAGCGAUUCUGGCGGUAUCUGUAUUGCCGGGUUGCUCAGUAUGGGAUGGGAGGUCUCGUUGUAUCACGUCUUGGGGAGACCCUCAACCCGCUUCCGCAAGAUCCAAGUAUUUGCGGUAGUCUCCUUCUGGUCAGUGUACUUACUAAAAGCAGAUAAACAUGGCCCACCAUUCAUCCGAUCACUUUCCUCUCGCUUCACUAGCAAAUUGACGACAUGGCAGACAACCGUCAUCAUAUUUCUGUGGCUCUACCUCAGCCGAAACUUUGCCAAGAUUGUCGGCCUAGAAUGCCCGGAGCCAUUGGCUAACAUGUAUUCGCGGUCCUUCUUUCGAGCGACGUGGAUCACCACAGGCCUGGAUGCUGGGUUUUGGACCGCGAUGAACAUCAAGCCAAAGUGGCUCCGGGAUAUUGCGUCUUUGGUCUUCACAGUAUACUACCUGAUCGCGGCCGAACAAGCAGACGAGAAGGUCCGCCGUGUUCGAGCCACUCUGACUUUGGAGCACCUACGUGUUUCAUGGAACAAAGCUACGAGUCCCUACUUAUGGAACAUGGCCAGACUUUUACGGCCUCGCAUGACAACAUAUCCUGCUCGAGCGAUCCGAAUUCCUCGGCCAGCCCAAUCAAUCUAUACCGAGCCCGUGAAUGCGUGGUUGUAUUUCGACGGCCCGCUCAGUGCGUUGAAACAGCAAACCUCUGUUGUUUUGGAUGUUCCGGGUGGUGGAUUUGUCGCCAUGAGUCCCAGAAACUCAGAGGACAAGCUGCUUGCCUGGGCCGGGCGACUUAAAGUUCCCAUCCUCAGCGUUGACUACAAAAAGGCACCAGAGUAUGCGUACCCGCAUGCACUACACGAAUGCUAUGAUGUCUAUCAUAGUAUAGUUGCUACUAAUGGUCGUUGCAUGGGCCUCGAAGGAAAGGUUCGACCACGCAUUCUUGUCACUGGAGAGAGUGCCGGUGGGAAUCUGGCUGUAGGAAUGACUUUGAUGAUCCUGCAAUCGGCGAUGUCCCAAGGCUGGCGAAGGGAAGAUGAGCUUCCAGCCCCCGAUGGCCUGGUUUUGGGAUAUCCUGCCUUGAACAUGAGGGUAGAAAGCUGGAUGAGCGACGAGCAGAUGUCUUUAAUCCAGGACAAGAGUUCCCGACAAACAAAUCGCAGUGUCCUUCAACGAAAGCAAGAUCAAUACCGCAAACUCACACCAUUCACUUCCCCCGGUCGCUCAGUUGAAGACUUGACUGCUAUAUCCCCACAAGGCAAGGGAAAGGAGAAAGAGACUGAUAUCGCGACCGAAACCGCAAAGUCGUUGGAGAAGAAGCUUCAGAAGAAUGAGGAGCUCGGCACAAAACCUCCUAUCAAAACGGAAGACAACGUCAAACCAAUCAAGACCAGACUUGCUGUCUCGUCUAUGAUCACCUACGUGCAUGAUCGCAUUCUCACCCCCGAAAUGACUCGCGCAAUGAUCAUUCUGUACAUCGGACCACACUAUCGGCCAGAUUUCAACACCGAUUUCCUGUUGUCGCCUGUUCUAGCACCGGACGCUUUGCUUGCUCGUUUCCCCAAGACAUACAUCAUGACAGGAGAGCGGGACCCUCUGGUCGAUGACACUGUCAUCUUUGCUGGCAGACUACGCCAAGCGAAACUUCAUCAAUUCCGCGAGCGCCAGGAUCUGGGACUGGAGAAAGCCAGACGCCCCUUCAAUGAGAAGAACUACGUUGAGAUUUCCUUGAUUCCUGGUGUGUCACAUGGGUUUAUGCAAAUGGCCGGAUUCUUCCCCGAUGCAUGGAAGUACAUCUAUCGCAGUGCGGAGUGGCUUGAAACAUUGUUCAAAAACAUCGAAACGGACACCCUCGUGGCCAAUUCAUUAGCCAUCAAUGAUGGUGCCCAAGCGAAUACAUCUCUCAAAUGGUCAGGGUCGGCCGACCUUGUACCAAAUCCCAUAACACUGGGACGCAACCACCACCGAACCUUCACAGGCGAGUCUUCGGGUGACGACGAUAGACCCUUGGAAAUGAGUCUGAGCAAAGUCAACUUGAAUGCUGGUGACGCGGCAUCAGACUCAAAACCCGAGCACCGCAGGCGACGUCGAAGGUCGCGGUCUUCCUUUGCUUCUUCGCAGCUCAAAGGGUUCACAUCCCUGGGAGAUGACCGCAGAGCCAAAGAUGACUUUAUUGCCAAGCUUCGACACUUGGAGAGAGCUGGCCGUGGUGAUCCUUUCGAUGCCGACGAGACCAACAGUGCGCCGGAAAGUCCGACGACCGCUCGUCCGCGAGGUCGCAGUAUUGCUUCUCUGGAUAGCGAGGAGGAUAUCUUGGAUCGUCGAAUGAACGGACUUGCCGGUGGAUUGAUGGGCAUUGGAGAAGGGGCUCAGACUCCUGGAUUGUGA